AUGGCCAUAACUAGAAUAAGAAAUGAGGGUCUCAGUCAUGAUGAUGUCACAGUAGGAGAAUUACUGGGCAAGGGAACUUUUGCUGACGUAUAUAAGGGCACAUUAAAGGAUAAAACUGCUGUUGCCAUUAAAACAUGUAAAGAUGAUCUUUCCUGGGAACUGAAAUUAAAAUUUUUACAAGAUGCCAAAAUCCUCAAGCAAUAUAAUCAUCCUGAUAUUGUCAAACCUAUAGGAGUUUGCACACAAAUACAGCCUAUCUAUGUCAUUAAGGAAUUGGUUCCAGGAGGCGACUUCCUCUCCCUUCUGAGAAAGAAGGAUGAACUAAAACAGUUAGUGAAAUUUUCAUUAGAUGCUGCUUCUGGAUGGCGAAUUUCGAGUAAAAAUUGUAUACACAGGGACCUUGCUGCAAGAAACUGCCGAGGUGAAAAUAAUGUUCUGAAAAUCAGUGACUUUGGAAUGUCUCGUCAAGAGGAUGGUGGUGUGUAUUCAUCUUCUGACUUAAAGCAGAUUCCCAUUAAAUGGACAGCACCAGAAGCUCUUAAUUAUGGGAGAUAUCGUUCUGAGAGUGACGCAUGGAGCUUUGGCAUCCUCCUCUGGGAGACCUUCAGCUUAGGGGUCUGUCCAUACCCUGGAAUGACAAAUCAGCAAGCACAAGAGCAAGUGGAAAGAAGAUACUGGAUGUCAGUCUCUCAGCAAUGUCCAGAGCGUAUUUAUAAAACAAUGCUGAAGUGCUGGGAUUACAAACUUGAAAACCACCCCAAGUUCAGUGAACUUCAGAAAGAACUGCCAUCAAGAAGAAAGUCGUAUAGUGAUGAAACAGUGCCAGACUCAGCCUUUAGGACUCUAUCUUCCGGCAGAGUAAUAUUUUCUUCUUAUUACCCAUGCGUUUAUACCACAUUACCCAGAACAUUCUCCUAAGAUUAUUUUUUUAUUUACUAUUUUUUUUAAACAUGUGCCACUUUAACAAUUGUAAACAAGAAAGCACAGACUCCAAAUGCAAGAGAUAACACAGAUCUUUUUCACACUUAGGACUGUGGAGGUUUCUCACAGAGUUUCUACUUCGGGCUUUGGUCCGGUCGUCUGUCCUCCACCCUACACAUCUCUGCUCUAUCGGUGCUACAAACUGCACUGGUAAUACCACGUUUGCAGAAAGACAAGAUUACAUCUGUAAACAUUACUUUCUACUGGGUAUCAUCUGGAC